CCCUGAUGUGGGGGGUCUCAGCCAUUGAUGACGAGCGUCUUUUGUCUUGUUGGGGACAAAAGGUGCUGGGAGAGGUGAGCCCCAAGGCAGUGAGUAGGCGAUGCAUCACAGCCACCAUGAGCAGCUUUGGCUCUUUUGGGGGGAAAGUCUGGCAGGCAAGUCAGCACCCCACCUGAAGCAGUGAGUGCGAUGAGUGGCAUCCAUGCCAGCCAAUGAGAGGGAGAACCAAGGCAGGGAGGCCCUCCUUUUGCCCAGUGAGGAGGGGUACAUGCUGAUACAAGCCGAGGAGCAGAGAAUCUGGAGGCAGAGGGAGCAGGUGGAAUAGCAAGCCAGCCAGCAAGGACAGCGAAGAGGAGGAGGCAUCUCCUGGUGGAUGGCUUAAGGGCUCCUCUCUCUCCUCCUGCUUCUCCACCUUUUGCACCCAGGGCACCCACCAUCCCUGGGGUCAGGUAGACCCCCUCCAAGAUCCGGCCAUGGGCAAACACAACAGCAAACUGGCUCCAGAGAUGCUGGAUGACCUGGUGAGGAGCACCGAGUUCAAUGAACAGGAGCUGAAGCAAUGGUACAAGGGGUUCCUGAAGGACUGCCCCACUGGCAUCCUCAACUUGGAGGAGUUCCAGCAGCUCUACAUAAAGUUUUUCCCUUAUGGAGAUGCCUCCAAGUUCGCCCAGCAUGCUUUCCGCACCUUUGACAAGAACGGCGACGGCACCAUUGACUUCCGGGAGUUCAUCUGCGCCCUUUCCGUCACUUCCAGGGGAAGCUUUGAGCAGAAGCUGAACUGGGCCUUCGAGAUGUACGACUUGGACGGGGAUGGCAAGAUCACCCGCUUGGAGAUGCUGGAGAUCAUUGAGGCCAUCUACAAGAUGGUGGGCACGGUCAUCAUGAUGAGGAUGAACCAAGAUGGCUUGACCCCUCAGCAACGUGUCGACAAGAUCUUCGCCAAGAUGGACAAGGACAAGGAUGACCAGAUCUCCCUGGAGGAGUUCAAGGAGGCUGCCAAGAGUGACCCUUCCAUUGUCCUCCUGCUGCAGUGUGACAUGCAGAAAUAGAGGGACACCACACACCCUCUUUCCCCUUCCUAGCCUUGCAUUUCCAUUCACCCUCCUCCUCCUCUUCCUCUUCCUUCUCCUCCUCUGAGCUGCAGGCCUCACUCUCAGAGGCAGGAGGUGCUGUGUCCGCAUGACCUUCUAGACCCAAACAAGCCCCAAGAUAAACAUAUCAACAUCUACAACAAUUGCCAUUUGGGGGAAAGGCCCAUAGGCCUGUUGGAGUGGGUUUCUGUUCCUGCGUUCUCCAGCCCAACCUUGGCUGGACCCCAGCUUGUCAUUCCCCCUUUCCAUCUCUGGACGUCUGGUGUUCCCAAGACCCUGCUGGCAAAUCUACCUGUUUGAUGGCCUGCCGAAAUCCAUGACUCACGAUGCAACAAUCUGCAAGGUCUUGCAAUUCCAAAGGUCCACUUUCCUCCACCUCAGCUGCCGCUUUCGAUAUUAGGGAGGACCCCUUCCUUCUCAUGACCCUCUUGCAUAUAAUCUUCAGGUGUGCUCCUUGAGUGGGGAUGUCAAUAUCUGUUCCCCUUCACUUUCCUGAAUUUCCCCCUCUAUUCAAAACCCUGAGACCUCAAAUGGGUCUUUUCCAACCCCUACGCUUCCCACUGUGAACAGCCGGGGUGAGAGAAAUAUAUAUGUUUUUCCUGGCAAUGGGGUAUCCCUGUAGCUUUUUGUAAGGUCUGAAAAAGCUUAACCGUUUCCCUUUGGACUCGUGGUGAUGCUAAUGCUUUGAAAUCAGAGUGAGCCCUGCCCUGCGUUUGGAGCAAAUAACAUAACUGUCCUUGGUAAGAGGUGCAUCGUGGUACUCUCAUGGUAUGUCUAAAAUGUAUAUAUAUUGCAGGUUCGUGUUUUUCAAUUUUGGCUCUUCCUGAUAAUGCAAUCUUGCUCCGUCAGCUGUAAACUUGUAUGCUUGUAUACUGGGGAACAGGAGAGGAAUCCUUGCUUUUUGAAGGGGCUGGAGGAAAAGUGCGAUGAGUCCAUGCUUGGUGGGUUAAACGGAGUGAGAUUUUGCUAUGCAUCCUUUCAUCCAUUCGCAGAGACAGAUUUUUGGAUGCUGCAUUGAUUUUAAAAAUAUGGCUCUUGGAGGAAAAAAUACAACUUUUGGGGAAGGGGAGGCUUUAAAGACUGCCAGAAGAAACUGGUAUUUCUAGGGACCAAUUUUGGGGGGGACCAAACUCAGUUGUACUGCCAUGCAAUUGCACUGCCGUGGAAAAAUGACCCUUGCCUCUUAGGUGUUACUCCCUUCCUCUUAGAUGUUCGGAGCAGAGGCCAUUUUGGCACAGGGAGACAAACCAGAAGACAGGUAAGAGUUCAUACCACCAGGGACUAGAGAUUGCAGAUUUUCUCCAGCAAAGGUUAGGCCCAAGUUAGGAUGCUACAGAUAGUUAAUGUUUGCCUCCCAGGUCACUAUGGCUCCUGUGUUUUUGGUCUGCGGCAAAGUGGCUCCAUGUGAAGCCCCCAAAAUGGGAUGAGUUAGAUGUUCAGGUGUUCCUUUGAUUCAAGUCUUUGGAGGUGUACAAUUAUGCAGAUUUAUGCUGGGAUGGGAGUUGUAGAAGACCCCAUUAUCAGCUGCAAAAUAUAGGCAGAAAGACCUUAAAGAAGUUGGUAAGAACUGACUGUGAAGGAGGCCAAGCGUGGGAGGUGAAGGGAAACUGUUUUGCCCAAUGAAGAAAGGUCAGCUCCUUCAUCAUAGGCCUCGGUGCAGGAGAAGAGACUGGAAGGGGUGAAACUGGAUAAAAAUUGGCUGUUUUGUUCCUCUUCAAAAAGUCUCUAGCCACAAAGUGACCAGAUCCUAAGGAGAAGGGACCCAAAGUGGGUUGCACCAAGAUCAAACGUCGAACCAAUUGAUGGCUCUGCCACCAGCAGAGGUAGUGAAUCUGCCCAGGGUUUUAGUGUGAACUUUUAAAGCAGCAAUGCAAAGUGACAGACCUUGGAUAGCUCCUUUAAAGUUCACACUAAAACCCAGAGUGAACUCACACCCCAAUGCAGCAAUGGAUCUACCAGUAUUAAACCAUAACCUGGGAUCACAAGAGGGAUUUGAGACAAGUUGAGGCUCACAUGCCUCCCCUCUCUGGUGUGGUCUCUGGGGAAUUUGGAAGCCUUUCCUUCCCUUGGGAUUAAGGUGGGAAACACAUAGCUGUCAAGGCAUUGUUGAACUGCAGUUCCUAGCAUUCCUCCCCACUGUAUAUGCUGCCUAGGGCUACUGGGAGUUAUAGUCUGAAAGCAUCUGGCGAGAAUUAGGCAUGUCAUUGCUGAAGUUUGCCAUGCCCUUGCAACCCAGACACACUGUGGUUAAAAGGAGCUAUGAUACAGAAAACAAAACCAACUUUGAAACGUAAGUCUAGGAACUAGCCUUGCUUUCCUUAACCAUAGUUAGGACUAACCGCUGGGAAGACAAGGACUCUUUGCAACUUGUGCUGGAGGAAGGCAAGGAGGUUGUGGCUUGUCUAAACUUGUUCUUGUAACGCCGAUCUCUGGGUCUCAAUGUCCAAAACGCGGCCAGAAGGCACACCCCGCAGCUCAGCCUCUCAUCCCAGGACUGCUACCUCUCUCCUUCAGUGUCCCCUUCCUGGACUGAAGACUCUUCAUCUUUACAGAUGCAUCCUGUCUGCUUGUCGUGGUUUUGAAUAUCGUAAUAACUGUUUAGAAACUGUGAUGUUAAUAUAUAUAUAUAUAAAGGGAUACACACACACACAUAUACACACACAAUCUUUUUUUCUAAAAAAAUGGAUGAAAAAUAAAACGUAUCUAAUG